UCGCCGCCGCCGCUGCUAGGGCUGGAUGGGGGGCCGAGGCCAGCCAGUGGCACCCGGAAGAAAGAGACGCGGCGGCGGCGACGCCGACACCCGCAGGACGAGUGUUCUAACCCGCCCGGGAGCCCUAGGAGGAGACGACGAGGCUCGGCCCCCGUGGUCUCUGCUGUAGACUCCCCGAAUACUCACCGCUUAGGUCUCAUUCACACUCAGGACCCCGCGCUGCGCCAUGUUCAAGAAACUAAAGCAAAAGAUCAGCGAGGAGCAGCAGCAGCUCCAGCAGGCGCUGUCUCCUAGUCAGGCUUCUUCCAAUUCUUCAACACCAACAAGAACCAGGAGCAGGACAUCUUCAUUUUCAGAGGAGCUUGAUGAAGGUACACCCAAUAGAGAGCUACUAGCCGGGAUGAUAGCAGAGCCUGCUUUUCUCUCUGAGUAUACUAUCUUUGCUUUGGAUUCCUCCAAACAGCCUAAAACACAGACUGACAGCGUGAAUGCAUCUGUCCAUGUCACGAAAUCUCCCGACACUGUUAAUGGAAGUGAACCAACUACUCCGCAGUCAGGUGACACUCAGUCUUUUGCACAGAAGCUCCAGCUUCGAGUACCUUCCAUGGAGUCUUUGUUUCGGAGUCCUAUAAAGGAAUCCCUCUUCCGAUCUUCUUCUAAAGAGUCUUUGGUACGAACGUCUUCUAGAGAGUCCCUGAAUCGGCUUGAUCUGGACUAUUCUGCUGCUGCCUUUGAUCCACCUUCUGAUAUGGAAAGUGAGGCUGAGGACUCCAUGGGGAAUUCAGACAGUCUCAGCAAAGAACAGCUAAUUCACCGGUUGCGAAGAAUGGAACGAAGCUUAAGUACCUACAGAGGAAAAUAUUCUGAGCUUGUUACAGCUUAUCAGACUCUUCAGAAAGAGAAGAAAAAGCUUCAAGGUAUAUUAAGUCAGAGUCAGGAUAAAGCACUUCGGAGAAUUGGAGAAUUAAGAGAGGAGCUCCAAAUGGACCAGCAAGCAAAGAAACAUCUCCAAGAGGAGUUUGAUGCAUCUUUAGAGGAGAAAGAUCAGUAUAUCAGUGUCCUCCAGACUCAGGUUUCUCUCCUGAAAAAUCGGUUACGAAAUGGCCCAAUGAAUCUUGAUUUACCUAAACCACUUCCCCAGGCUGAAGGCUUCACUAAAGAAAAUGCAGAGAGUGAUGUAGAGCCAAUAGUAGUGGGGGAUGGAGCUUCUUCUAAAACAUUGGAAACACUUCAGCUAAGAGUUAAACGUCAAGAGAAUUUACUUCAGCGUUGUAAGGAAACAAUUCAGUCGCAUAAGGAACAAUGUACACUGUUAACAAGUGAAAAAGAAGCACUGCAAGAACAAUUAGAUGAAAGACUUCAAGAACUAGAAAAGAUGAAGGAGCUUCAUAUGGCUGAGAAGACUAAACUUAUCACUCAGUUGCGUGAUGCAAAGAACUUAAUUGAACAGCUUGAACAAGAUAAGGGAAUGGUAAUAGCAGAGACAAAACGUCAGAUGCAUGAAACCCUGGAAAUGAAAGAAGAAGAAAUUGCUCAACUUCGUAAUCGCAUCAAACAGAUGACUACCCAGGGAGAAGAAUUACGGGAACAGAAAGAAAAAUCUGAAAGAGCUGCUUUUGAGGAACUUGAAAAAGCCUUGAGUACAGCCCAAAAAACAGAAGAAGCACGGAAAAAAAUGAAGACAGAAAUGGAUGAACAAAUAAAAGCUAUUGAGAAAACAAGUGAGGAGGAACGCAUCAGUCUUCAACAGGAAUUGAGUCGGGUGAAACAAGAGGUUGUUGAUAUAAUGAAAAAAUCCUCAGAAGAACAAAUUCUUAAACUACAGAAGCUUCAUGAAAAGGAGCUAGCCAGCAAAGAACAGGAACUGACCAAGAAAUUUCAAACCCAAGAAAGGGAGUUUCAGGAACAAAUGAGAGUAGCUCUUGAAAAGAGUCAAUCAGAAUAUCUGAAGAUCACUCAAGAAAAAGAACAACAAGAAUCUUUGGCCCUGGAAGAGUUAGAGUUGCAGAAAAAAGCAAUCCUCAAAGAAAGUGAGAAUAAACUUCGGGACCUUCAGCAAGAAGCAGAGACUUAUAGAACUAGAAUUCUUGAAUUGGAAAGUGCUUUGGAAAAAAGCUUGCAAGAAAGCAAAAAUCAAUCAGAAGAUUUGGGUAUUCAUUUGGAAGCUGAAAAAAAUAAACACAAUAAAGAAAUAACAGUAAUGGUUGAAAAACACAAGACAGAAUUGGAAAGUGUGCAGCAGCAGCAGGAUAAUCUUUGGACUGAAAAACUCCUAGUCUUAAAGCAACAGCAUCAUAUUGAAAUGGAAAAGCUUAGAGAAAAGUGUGAACAAGAAAAGGAAACAUUGUUGAGAGACAAAGAGGUACUCUUCCAGGCUCACAUAGAAGAGAUGAAUGAAAAGACUUUAGAAAAGCUUGAUAUAAAGCAAACAGAGCUGGAAUCAUUGUCUUCUGAAUUGUCAGAAGUAUUAAAUGCCCAUCACAAGCUAGAAGAAGAACUUUGUGCACUAAAGGAUCAAGCAGAUAAAGUGAAGCAAGAGUUAGAGGCCAAGCUGGAUGAAGAGAAAAAUCUUCACCAGCAGCAAGUUGACAGUAUCAUUAAAGAACAAGAGAUGUCUAUGCAGAGAACUGAGAAAGCAUUAAAAGAUGAAAUUAAUCAACUUGGGCUUCUUCUGAAGGAAAAGGACAGGCAUUUGAAAGAGCACCAGGCUCAUGUGGAAAAUUUAAAAGCAGAUAUUAAAAGGUCUGAAGGAGAACUCCAGCAGGCAUCUGCUAAGCUAGAUCUUUUUCAGUCAUACCAGAGUACCUCACAUGAACAGACAAAAGCAUAUGAGGAACAGUUGGCCCAGUUGCAGCAGAAGUUGUUGGAUUUGGAAACAGAAAGAAUUCUUCUUACUGAACAGGUAGCUGAAGUUGAAACACAGAAGGAAGUUGUUAAUACUGAGUUAGAUACUUACAAAGUCCAGGUGCGGGACUUAAUGCAGCAACUUGAAAAACAGAGUAGUGAAAUGGAGCAAAAAGUAAAAUCUUUAACCCAACUCUAUGAGUCCCAACUUAAAGAUAAUACCAUAGAACAGGAACAGACAAAGCAAAUCUUGCUAGAAAAGGAAAAUAUAAUUUUGCAAAUGAGAGAAGGACAGAGAAAAGAAAUUGAGGUGCUCAAACAGAAAUUGUCAGCCAAGGAGGACAGCAUUAGUAUCUUGCAUGAGGAAUAUGAAACUAAAUUUAAAAAUCAAGAAAAAAAAAUGGAAAAAAAUAAGCAGAAAGCAAAGGAGAUGCAAGAAACGUUAAAGAAGAAAUUGUUGGAUCAGGAAGCCAAACUUAAAAAAGAGCUUGAAAAUACUGUUUUAGAACUUAGUCAGAAAGAAAAGCAGUUCAAUGCCAGAAUGUUGGAAAUGGCACAGGCUAACUCAGCUGGAAUCAAUGAUGCAGUGUCAAGACUGGAAACAAACCAACAGGAGCAAAUAGAAAGUCUUACUGAGGUGCAUCAGCGAGAACUCAAUAAUGUCAUUUUAACCUGGGAACAGAAACUUAAUCAGCAAGCUGAAGAACUUCAGGAAAAACAUGAAAUCCAUUUACACGAAAAAGAACAAGAAGUGGCAGAACUGAAGCAAAAGAUCCUCAUAGUUGGAUGUGAAAAAGAAGAAAUGAACAAGGAAAUGGCAUGGUUGAAGGAAGAAGGUGUUAAGCAGGAUACAGUAUUAACUGAAUUACAGGAACAAUUAAAGCAGAAGUCUGUUCAUGUGAGUGCUCUCUCACAAAAUGAAACUAAACUGAAAGCACAACUUGAAAAACUGGAGGUUGACUUUAAUCAUUCUGUGAAGGAAAAUAGUGUUCUUCAAGAGCAGCUAAGUGAACUGAAGAUACUGGCAGAAAAAGAUAGGCAUAAGAUUUCUGAGUUAACUGACAAGUUGAGAACCACAGAUGAUGAAUUCCAGAGUUUGAAAUCUUUACACGAAAGAAGUGAGAAAAGCCAAGAGGGCAAAAGCUUAGAAUUCAAGAAACUGUUUGAGGAGGUAGCAGUACAGCUAGAUAUUUACUGUAAGAAAGCUGAAGCCUUAUUACAAGCUAAAGCAAAUGACCUACUCAAUAUUAGUAACAGUAAAAUUAAUGUCAUUCUCUCUAGAAUUUCUCAUUGUCAACUUCACACAACUAAAAUUAAGGAGACACUAUUUAUUCAAACCAGCAAAGUUUCUGAAUUAGAAGCACAACUUACACAGCUAACAGAAGAGCAAAAUACACUAAAUUGUUCUUUUCAACAGGCUACCCAUCAGUUAGAAGAAAAAGAGGAUCAGAUUAAGAGCAUGAAGGCUGAAAUUGAAGGUCUUGUAACAGAAAAAGAAGCCUUACAGAAGGAAGGAGGCAAUCAGCAACAGGCUGCCUCUGAAAAGGAGUCUUGUAUCACACAACUGAAGAAAGAGUUAUCUGAAAACAUCAAUGCUGUCACAAUGAUGAAAGAAGAACUUAGAGAAAAAAAGUCUGAGAUCAGUAGUCUUAAUAAGCAGCUAAGUGAUUUGAACGUUCAACUUCAGAAUAGUAUCAGCCUAGCUGAAAAAGAAGCAAGCAUUUCAUCACUAAGUAAACGUUAUGAUGAACAACAACGUGAAUUGCUGGAUCAGAUGCAAGAUUUAUCUUUGAAAGUUGAUACUCUGAAUAAAGAGAAAAUUUCUGCUCUUGAGCAGGUAGAUCACUGCACCAAUAAAUUCUCAGAAUGGAAGAAGAAAGCACAGUCAAAAUUUACACAAAAUCAAAAUACUAUUAAAGAGUUGCAGAUACAGCUUGAGUUGAAAACAAAGGAAGUUGGUGAAAAGGAUGAGCAAAUAAAUUUACUGAAGGAAGACCUUAAUCAGCAGAACAAAAAAUUUGAAUGUUUAAAGGAUGAAAUGGAAGAUACAAAGAGCAAGAUGGAGAAAAUGGUAUGUAAUUUAGAGACUGAGUUAAAAACUAAAACAGCAAGAAUUGUGGAGUUAGAGGAGCAUAUUACUCAGAAAACAAUAGAAAUUGAGUCCUUAAAUGAAGUUCUUAAAAAUUGCAAUCAACAAAAGGAUGUUGAACAGAAAGAAUUGGUUCAUAAACUUCAGUAUGUUCAAGAAUUAGGAGAAGAAAAGGAUAACAGGGUUAAAGAAGCUGAAGAAAAGUUCUUAAGUCUUGAAAAGCAAGUGUCUUCCUUGAAAUCUGAACUUGAAAUUAAGAAAAAGGAAUUGGAAGACAUGAAUUCAAGUGUGAAAAGCAAAGACGAGGAGUUAAAGGCACUGGAAGAUAGACUUGAGUUAGAAAGUGCUGCAAAAUUAGCAGAACUGAAGAGAAAGGCUGAACAAAAAAUUGCUGCCAUCAAGAAGCAGUUGUUAGCCCAAAUGGAAGAGAAAGAGCAGCAGUAUAAAAAAGAUACAGAAAGUCAUUUGAGUGAGCUAAAUACAAAAUUGCAGGAAAGAGAGAGAGAAGUUCACAUCUUGGAAGAAAAACUUAAGUCAGCAGAAAGUUCACCACAAUCAGAAACAUCAGUUGUUCCCAGAUCAGUGAAAAAUGUGGCAGCAUGUACUGAACAAGAAGCAGAUUCACUAGGCUGUGUGCAACAGGCAUGUGAAGAAAAAGUCAAUGUUUUACAAAGAAAUUUAACUGAAAAACAAAAAGUACUGCAGAGGCUAGAGCAGGAAAAAGAAGAGGCAAUUUCUUCACAUUCUGAAAUGCAGUGCAAAUACCAGGAGCUCUUAUUGAAGUUAGAACAUGCUGAAGCAAAGCAACAUGAGGAUCAAGUUAUGAUAGAUCAUCUUCAAGAAGAACUUGAAGACAAAAACAAGAAAUAUUCCUUCAUAGUAUCACAGCAUGUGGAAGAAGAGGGAGGUAGAAAUAACAUAGGGGCAAAGCAAAAUUUGGAGAAUGUGCUUGCUGAUGUACAGAAAACCCUCCAGGAGAAGGAGCUAACCUGUCAGAUCUUGGAGCAAAGGAUAAAAGAGCUAGAUUCCUGCUUAAUAAGAGAAAAGGAAGUACAUAGAGUUGAAAUGGAAGAGUUGACCUCAAAACAUGAAAAAUUACAGGCUUUAGAAAAACAGAUAGAUGGAAAAAAUAAACCCACAGAAGUUUUGGAAGAAAGUGAUAAAGACAAGUCCAAAUCACAUAUGGUCCAACCUAAAUUGCUUAGUACUGCAGAAACCCAGCACAAUGACCUAGAGUUUAAAUUAGCAGGGGCAGAGAAGGAGAAGCAAAGGCUGGGCAAGGAGAUCGUUAAAUUGCAGAAAGACCUUCGAAUGUUGCGUAAGGAGCAUCAGCAAGAAUUAGAUAUAAUAAAGAAAGAAUAUGAAGAAGAAAUGGAAGAGAAAAUCAAACAGGAGCAGGAAGAUCUUGAGUUGAAGCACAAUUCCACAUUAAAAAAGCUGAUGAGGGAAUUUAAUACACAGUUAGCUCAGAAGGAACAGGAACUGGAAAUGACUAUAAAAGAAACCAUUGAUAAGGCCCAGGAAGUGGAGGCUGAACUUUUGGAAAGCCAUCAAGAAGAGAUAAUUCAGUUACAUAAAAAAAUUGCAGAGAAAGAAGAUGAUCUAAAAAGAACAGCCAAAAGAUAUGAAGAAAUCCUUGAUGCUCGUGAAGAAGAAAUGACUGCAAAAGUAAUGGACCUUCAGACUCAACUUGAGGAACUGCAGAAGAAAUGUCAGCCAAGGCUACAACAGGAGGAGAAUCCUAGCAAUGAUAAAGUAACAAUUAUGGAGCUACAGACACAGCUAGCACAGAAGACUACUCUUAUCAAUGACUCAAAGUUGAAAGAGCAAGAGUUCAGAGAACAGAUUCACAAUUUAGAAGACCGUUUGAAGAAGUAUGAGAAGAAUGUCUAUGCAACAACUGUAGGGAUACCUUAUAAAGGUGGCAACUUACAUCAUACUGAUGUCUCGCUCUUUGGAGAACCUACCGAGUUUGAGUAUUUGCGAAAAGUGCUUUUUGAGUAUAUGAUGGGUCGUGAGACUAAGACCAUGGCAAAGGUUAUAACCACUGUACUGAAGUUCCCUGAUGAUCAGACUCAGAAGAUUCUAGAAAGAGAAGAUGCUCGACUAAUGUUUACUUCACCUCGCAGUGGUAUCUUCUGAGUAAACCGUCAGUCUGUGCUUAGGUAGCAUGUUGGUCAUGGCUCCGAUCUUCAUCUUGAAGAAAUGGGGAGGUGACGUUGGGUGAGCCUGCUGCUUGGAAAACUGUCCACAUUUGUUAUUCUUUGAGAACGAAACUGUUGUUCAGGGUCCCUCCUGAAGCUAAAAGACCAAGAAAAAUCUGACAUUGGCCUACAGAUAAAUCACAGACUGCCUUUAAAUUAGUUAGGCAGUGGGGAAAUGGUGACAGCUUUUCUCCCCCCUUUCUUUUUUCUUCACUUGUCUGUUAGGAAGAAUUUUGUGUUGUUUAAAAAAUAUUUUGAAUAACUUAAUCUGAUUUCUGGACUCACCUAAUGUUUCUUUCUUCUAUUCUUUGUCCCUCUUUUUAAAGAACUGCUUGCCUUUCCUAUUUAUUUUUAGGGUGGUUUUUUUAAAGACUUGUGCAAUACAUUUUGAGGUGAAACUUAGAGGAUUUUUUCUGAUAAAUUAGAGCAUAUAAUUGACUGUUUUAUCCAGAUUGAUUAGUUGAAUAUUUGCAAAAGACUAAUUCUUUAAGCUAUGACAUCUGAUAACUUCAAAUGGCUAUACCUUAUUGUUUACUUAGCUUUUGUACUUAUAUUUUUCAGAGGAAAAUAAUACUACUGUAAAUUGUAAAUAGUCAAUACAAAACUGUGUUGUAUGCAGACCUGUGAGUGUUAGCAUUGUCAUCUUGGAAGAACAGAUAAAUAAAGUUUAUUUACUGUACGAAA